GUGGCUGGGUGGUGAUAGUGAGCAGUUUUUACCCUACUUUAGGGAAGAGGAAGAAACUAUAAUCUCCACUUUCUGCUUCUUCCUCAUGAAAUGCUCUGUUUCUGUCCACGAAGGAGAUCCAUGAAGCCUGCAGUGAUCACCCACAGUAAGUGAUAGAUGAUGGACUCUGAGGUGUCAGUUCUGCUGCACUGUGCAGCCUGGAGAGGGCUGAAGGAGUCUCAGGUACAUGUGGAGCUCGCUGACAGGUUUAACAGGCGAACAGAUCCAACUCUGGAGCAUCAGAUAGAGGAGGUUUGGGCAGAGCGAGUGACCAAAGAGCCGUGGCUUUUCAACGGGUCCAAAUUCAGACUUCACUCUUUCUGCUUGGCCUCUCCUGCGUGUAACUCAUCAGCCUCUGUGUCUCCUAAAUCCACAUUCUGCACUCAUUCACCCCACAUCCCAGAAUCAGACUGCUCAGAGGAUCAGGAGGGAGAAUUACCAAACAUCAGAGUCCAUAAUGCAGAGGGAAGUUUGUGUAGCAGUGAUUCUCUGUUUGACACUGACAAAAGGAAAAGAUGUGUGAAUCAGGAUGAAAUCAAACAGAUCCAGGCAUUUUCUGAACAGAGCGUUCUACAGAUCACAGCUGAUCCACAGACAAGGCCACUCCUCACUCUGAGGCUGGGCCUGACGUGCUACAAGGACUACUUGGGAACAAACUGGUCCUGUCGAGUGGCAGAGCUGCGUCGGCAGGGAGAGGUGGAGUUCAGUGAUCCUCUGGCGCUGCUGGCUCAGCCGCUGGGUGUGGGCGGAGUCUUGUGCACAGGUGAUGGACAGGUGGUGCUGAUCAGGAGGAGUCAGAAAGUGGCAGAGGCAGGGGGGCUUCUGGACAUUCCUGGUGGUCACCCAGAGCCAAAGGUUGUAUGUGAGUGUCUGGGCCAGAUGGUGCAGGAGGAGCAGAUCAGUGUCGACAUGAUGCAGCCACGGGCCGUCAUCUCAGAGCUCUUCUCGUCCGUCUGCGCCGAAAUCAGAGACGAGGUGAAUAUUCCUCUGAGCUCCCUCGGAGAGCCCGUCCUCUUGGGUGUCGCUCUGAAUCACACCAGUGCCUGCAGGCCGAGUGCCGAGUUCUACGUCAGCUGCUCACUGACAUCAGAUGAUGUCAGAGAGUUGUACUGGAAAGGAGGAGCAGAGGCCAGUGAGUCUACAGACAUCGUCUUCCUCAGCAGAAAGGAUGUGUUGCAGCUGGACAGACACAGCCCUCUGUGGUCCGAGCUAUGUCCUUCAGCUAAAGGGGCCAUGCUGCUUUAUCAGGCGGUGAAGCCUGACGGAGAGCAAGGCACGAGCAGAGGAAACGACACAUCAGGAAAUAAACCCACCUGAUUAAAUGUAUAAACUCAAGAUGACGCGUAUCAGGAUAGCUCUGGGAUUUAUACUCUUUGUAUGUUUUCACUCUCUGACCAAUAAUGCUGCUAAAACGGUUGAAAAUGAUGUUUAUUUAAAACCAUUUGUAAACUGUACAGGAAUAAAAUAUCAAAUUUUAAAUACAUUUUGAAUAAAAUCCCCAAAAAUGGCC